AUGCAUGGACCGAGCGGGGCUGCCAACCCCACCGCACCUUGCAUGAAGGACGGCAAAUGCUCGAAGCGGUUCCCGAAGCCAUUCUCCGACCAGACGCACAGCACGGAAAAUGGCUAUCCACAGUACCGUCGCCGAAGCAGUGGGCGCAGUGUGACGGUGCAAGGAACCGAACUGGACAACCGCGUCAAGUAUUUGUACAAAAACGUGUACAAGGGGCACGACCGGCUCAGCGUUUCCCUGGCGGUAGGCGGCGACGAGAUUCAACAGCACAUCGACGCGCGCUACCUGUCACUGACGGACAGCUGCUGGCGGAUUAUACGAUUCGAGUUGCAGGCGAAAACACACCGUCGUCAGAACGUUUUCUUCCGGCUUUGCUCGAGCUCUGUUGUACCACGACGUACCGAUCUACUGCCGGUACGGUUAACCAGCGGCGGGUCAGCGACAAUCGUGGCAGGAACCGUCCACUGGAUCCGUCGCGUACGUACCGGACACAAAACAGUGAUCGGCCGGAUGGUGUCCUGUGGCAUGCAGCUGAUGGAACGCUACUGCUUGCGGCUGCUGCUUUGCUACCGGAAGGGUCCAACAUCGUACGAGGAUCUGCGAACCGUCAACGGUACGGUGUGCGAAACGUUCCAGCAAGCCGCCAUCCAGGAAGGGUUGCUGCAGGAUGACUCUGAGUGGGAUCGUGCUCUCCGGGAAGCGGUCUCCUAUCGUAUGCCCGCCCAGUUGCGCCAUUUAUUCGCGCUCAUCCUCGCUUCCGGGAUGCCCCAAAACCCGCGCAGUUUGUGGGACAGCUAUGCGGUCGAGCUGUGUGAAGAUUUUCACCGCCGCAAUCGCGACCGGUACACGCCGGAAGUGUCCGAUUUGAACCUGCUGCUGCGUGACAUCGAACACUUCCGUGUGCUGAGCGCGAUCGAUCGCUACCUGCGUGGGACGACACCAGCGACGGAUUUGGCCAGCUUCCCGGGAAUGCCUCAGCUUGCCGAGUAUGAACACGUUCAGGCACACCUCAUGGACGAUGACGAUGUGAACGAGUUCAUCACUGCUGAGCGAGCAUAUCCGGUCACGGAGCUUGAUGCUACCCUUGGAACGUUACACCAGCUCAACGAUUUUAGCGUACACUCGUCGCCGAUCAGGAAUUGCGCUUGCGACCGCAGCAAGUGGCAAAGCAGCACUGUUGCUGUACACUCGACGUUUAAGUUGCCACUCGACUUAAACGAAUACUCCACCUGCAGGAUCCCGAACCAGUCGAAACGAGCCGAGCUAAUUCGUCAGGCAACGCUGAUCGUGUGGGAUGAGGCGUCGAUGAGUAGUCGGUACGCGCCCGAAGCAGUCGAUCGAACCCUGCAGGACGUGACGGGCGUGCAGCGUGCUUUCGGUGGCAAGGUGAUGCUGCUGUCCGGUGACUUUCGGCAAAUUUUGCCGAUCGUACCGAAGGGCACGGAUGCACAAAUUGCUAACGAAAGCAUCAAGAAGAGCACGCUAUGGCCCUGUACAGGUCGCUUCGGUUGCGCGUCAACAUGCGGGGCUGGACCGUUCGUUCGCGAAGCUACCGCUGGACAUGGUAGUGUCCCGUUCGGGGAAUCCGGCACACGACAUCAACGCCCUGAUCGCGAAGAUCUACCCGACAUCGCACGGUACUAUCGGGACCCGGCCUUCUUUUCGGAUCGCGCGAUUUUGUCGCCGCUGAACGUUGAUGUGACCAGCGUGAACAACGUGGUACUAGACCGAAUACCUGAGCCUGAACAGGAGUAUCGUUCGGUCGAUACGUUGGUCAACCCGGAGGAACACGAACAUCUGCAGCUUCCUUCGGAGUACCGGUUGCGGCUGAAGCGAUUUGCGCCGGUCCUUUUAUUGCGCAACCUCAAUUCCGAUAUGGGGUUGUGUAAUGAUACGCGUCUCCAGAUUGUGGACCUAAAACGGAACUGUUUGCGAGCCAAAAUACUGACGGGCAAGCGGCGAGGUGAGGACGUGCUGCUGCCUCGCAUCUACUGUGACAGCAACGAUAUAGGGCACCCGUUCCAGAUCCGCCGUAAACAGUUUCCGGUGCAACUGUGCUUUGCGAUGACCAUCAACAAGUCGCAAGGGCAAUCACUGCACCAUUUGGGUCUCUAUCUGCCGCAGGAUGUUUUCGCCCAUGGCCAGCUGUACGUCGCGCUAUCGCGUGUAACAUCACGGGCGAACAUAGCUGUGCUAAUCCCGAACCCGGAACGUACCGACGAGGAAGGUGUCUCCACGAAAAAUAUUGUGUACCGUGAGGUCGUCGACAGUUGA